AUGGCCGCCGUAAGCACUCAACUGUCAAUACUAUCACUAUUCUUCAUACUCACUUUCAUUCCAAUCCCAUCAUUCUCUUGUCCUCUUCAUCAGAAACAAGCACUUCUCCGAUUCAAAUCCACCGUCACCACCAUCUUCAAAGCCAAUUCCGAUCCCACCUCCGUAGAUUACAUUCCAUUCGUAGAACUCGAUUCAUGGAAUCGAAAUUCCGAUUGUUGCUUGUGGGCCCGUGUCAAAUGCAGCAGAACCAGAAAUGUAACGGAGCUCCACCUAGACGCCGUCGUUCCAAUGUUUGCCGAUCCGGUUCCGGUGUACUCUGAUAUCUUGACUCCCCUUUUUCGAAUCCGAUCACUGAAACUACUCGAUAUCUCGAUGAAUUCAUUGCAAGGAGAGAUUCCAGGAGAUGGGUUCGGUAAUCUCACCGGACUGGUUCACCUUGACAUGAUGCAGAACAGCUUCAAUGGCUCCAUCCCCGGCCAACUUUUCCGGUUAACGAAUUUACGUUACUUGGACAUGAACACCAAUUCGCUCGAGGGCGAACUAUCACCAGAACUCGGCCCAGAAGUUGGUAAGCUUCGAAAUCUUGAAUCAUUGAAGCUGAAUGAGAAUUUUCUUUCUGGAAGUAUCCCGGACGAGAUCGGAAAUUUAACGAGGUUAAGAGAAUUUUCGCUCGGAAAGAAUAAGUUUUCCGGCGGAAUCCCGUCAUCGAUUGUGCACUUAAAGGAGCUGGAAUCACUGGAUUUAUCUAGAAAUUCUUUCUCCAUGCAAAUUCCGGCCGGCAUUGGAAGACUUUCCGACAUGAAGACACUUGAACUGAGUAACAACCAGUUAACGGGUCCGAUACCGUCAUCAAUGCGAAACUUGACCAAAUUGGAAUCGCUACGGCUAACGAAAAACAUGCUCGCCGGAGACAUUCCAACUUGGUUGUUCAGAAUUAAAACAUUGAAGAAAUUAUUCAUCGGAGGAAAAGGGAACAACUUGAUUUGGAACAACAAAGCAAAGAUUGUUCCAAGAUGUUCGCUAGAACACAUCUCUCUGUCUUCCUGUCAAAUCUCCGGUCAAAUUCCUAAAUGGAUUUCAUCUCAGAAAAAUUUGGUUUUUCUUGAUUUGAGCGAUAAUCAAUUGGAGGGAAAGUUCCCGGAUUGGCUUGCCGAGACGGACGUCGGAAGCAUAAUCCUCUCCGACAACAAUUUCACCGGAGAACUCCCACCUCGCUUAUUUGAGUCUCCAAGUUUAUCGAUUCUUGCAUUGUCCCGUAACAACUUUUCCGGUGAGUUACCGGAGAAUGUAGGUAACGCCAGAGCGAUUAUGAUCUUUAUGUUGUCCGGAAACAAAUUUUUCGGACAAAUUCCAGUGUCAAUAUCCAAUAUCUAUCGACUACUGUUUUUGGACUUCUCCAGAAAUCAAUUUUCUGGCAAAGUCCCGAUUUUUGGAGACAAUCCUCUUCUAGCUUUCAUUGACUUGUCCUAUAACGAAUUCUCCGGUGCGAUUCCGUCAACUUUCUCAACAGAAACCCAAAUGAUUUCCUUGGGUGGGAAUAAGUUCUCCGGGGAAUUGCCUCGGAAUUUGACUAACUUGAUCAACCUCAAACAUCUUGAUCUUCAUGACAAUGAUAUUACUGGAAAUUUUCAGGAUAUUUGGCCUCAAAUCCCAGCUCUUCAAGUUCUAAGCCUAAGAAACAAUUCCGUUGAAGGAUUUAUCCCAAGAACGAUUUCGGACCUCGGUUCUCUCAGGAUUCUUGAUCUCUCCGGGAACAACUUAACCGGAAGUAUUCCACCGGAAAUCGGAAGCCUUGUAAGAAUGAUCAAAACUCCAGAUAUCUUAGCAUCCACCGACAUUUUCAACUUCUUGAUCGAGUUUCCGGACUUGAUUCUGAACUGGAAGAGCUCUUUUCAAGGCUUAUCAAGUCAUAACCUCGAUAUCUACUCUUUCUUGGACUUGUCGAACAACAGGAUAUCCGGUGAAAUUCCAGCAUCAUUGGGCAAUCUCAAAGGCCUAAAACUGCUCAACGUUUCACACAACAACAUCUCGGGGAUUAUUCCAGUGUCUUUCGGCAACAUGAAGAGCCUUGAGACCUUGGAUGUUUCUCACAACGAAAUCUCGGGUUUGAUUCCUAAAUCACUAACUAAACUGGAUGAACUCGCGAUUCUAGAUGUGAGCUACAACAGGUUGACAGGUAAGAUUCCUUUGGGUGGGCAAAUGAGCACGAUGAACGAGCUGAAGUAUUAUGCCAACAACAGCGGCUUAUGCGGUAUGCAGAUUGGGAGCAAAUGUCCCGAGGAUAUCUCAAUCUCACCAUUAGAACCAAGAGAGGAGGAAGACGAGAAUAAUUCAUGGAUUUCGUGGGAGGGAACUUUUAUCGGUUUUCCAGUUGGGUUCUUCUUAUCAAUCUUGACCAUGGCCUACUCACUGAAUUUUCUACAUCUGUUCAAAUUUUGGUGAAAAUUUGUGGGCAUGAUAUCAAAUUUCCAGUCUUUAUAGCAAUAAUUGUCAAGAAGAGGGAGGAACAAGAAAUCUGUCUCUAAUGUUUAUGUUUUCAGCAAGAAAUCUGCUUCUGUUUCUGUUCUUACAUAAAUUCCCAUUUCACUUAAAAGGGUA